CACUUGAUCAAGCAUCGCACAAUUAAGCGCUCUUUCUUCACCUUAAGCCUUAUCCUCCCAGUAGCUCUGGCCUUUGAUCCCUCUCAUCUCGCGAAUCGAGCAGCGACAUAUAGAGAAAAAAUUCGACCUCGGAGCUGCCCUUCAGGAUCACUCUUGAAAACGAUCUACCAGCUGAUCCAUCAACUUUAUUCGAAAACCAGGAAUCCACUAAGACAAAUCAACGAUUUCUUCCUCGAAAAGACAAAUUAUCAAGAACGCAUUUAUAGAUAUGAACUGGGAAGACAUCAUCGACGCUAGCCGUGUAGGGCAAGGUGCAACGCGGCUGACCGGACGGCGAUCUCCAGCUUAUGUACCUACUAGGUACGCAUUUCCUGUCGCGUGGCCCUGCUACUCCCUUACACUGCACUAUGUCUACAUUUUAUAACAAAGUAAUAAUACCGAUCUGCUUUGCGAGUGGAAUAUGGAUUCCUGCCAUGCUGCUCUGUUGCAUACCAUGGGUGCAGAAACAGAUGCUUUACCUGCACUGGGUAACAUUGUGGCCUGGCAAAUGGUUGACUGAGCCUGAAAGAGCCGGGUUUCUCAAAAAUCAGGCCUCAACCUUUCGCAUUCCUACCAAAGAUGGGGAAAGGCUGUUUGGGUGGUUGAUCGCGCCGCUAGGAAUCUACUCGAGUAAUGCGCAAGAGUUUUUGAGGGAGAGGGCCUCAGAAGGCGACAUUGAAGAUGAAACGUCUUUUAGGUUACUUCGAAACGACCCUCACGCCCGGCUACUCAUCUACUUCCACGGAAACACAGCAACACUCGCGCAGGGCCGGCGCACAGAAGAAUACCGUGCCUACGCCUCCGGAGCAUCCGACAAGAUCUUCGUACUUACUUUCGACUACCGAGGGUUUGGGAAAUCUACGGGGUCCCCCUCUGAGGAAGGCGUGCUGAACGAUGCUGAAGCAGUAGUCGACUGGGCUCUCAACACAGCAUGCAUCUCGCCAGAGCGCAUCGUACUGCUGGGCCACUCAUUAGGUACUGCCGUUGCAGCAGGCAUCACGCUUCAAUAUGCGAAUCUCCCUGCCCCGAUCCAUUUCUCGGGCUUGAUACUCUGCGCAGCAUUCACCAACUCCGGAAACGCGUUCUCGGCGUAUUCCAUUGGAAAUGUGAUUCCGGUCCUUGCACCCGUGAAUCUGAUUCCUGCACUGCAGGUGUGGUUUAGCAAGAGAAUGCGGGAUACAUGGCGCACCGACCAGCGACUCGCCGCGCUCGCCAAACAAUGCAAUACCUUCCGUCUGACGCUCGUUCACGCACAGGACGAUGGAACGAUGCCGUGGCGUCAGACCGAACAGCUCUUCGCGUCGACACUGCAAGCUGCAACGAGCGACGCCGUCCCAGAUGUGAGAACCAUUGAUCUAGGCGAAGCAGGGAAGCAGGAGAUCUGGGAAGAGGGUGGGAAGAGCAUCAGUAAACUGAUUGCGAAACACGGAGAUCACAAUACUAUGAUGAAGUGGUCGCCUAUCGCGCUAGCUGUGCUGGAGUCAUUCGGGCUCACAACCGUCACGAGCGCCACUCCACGCGCAUGA